AUGGGAAAACGCCUCAUUGUUGCCGUGACACCUUACCCUGUUGACCUUUCUGUUUUUCCAGAGGCUUCAGUUGCUGGUUCCAAGACUGUACCGCCACCCUCCAUUGGGCAGGUGGUCUUGCCCCGAUUUGUCCGGCAUCUGGCGGUAAAUUUCCCGGACUUUGAAUUGGUUUCCGGAUGUUCCAUUGAAGACUUCAAUGAACGAAAGGAAGAGAUCAAAGCUGCCGAGAUUCUUUUGGUAGUAGAGGCGCCUCCUUCUCUCCUUAUGGAGGUCAUCCCCCUACUUAAAAGCCUCCGCUGGGUGCACAGCUAUUUGGCGGGCGUCGACGGCCUCUCCGCAGCACUACGAAAGCUACCGUGCCCGUCAGACCCAAGUCUUCCCCUCAGUAGGAGCGGUCUAUUGGUAACGAACGCGAAAGGGAUUUACUCUUCUUCUCUUAAGGAAUACGCUAUUGCUGCCAUCAUGCACUUCGCGAAGCAGGUCCCCAGGCUACAGAAGAACAAAAGCGACAAUAGGUGGGAAAGAUUCAUCGUCGGAGAGAUCAAGGGUAAAACGGCGGGGUUCAUUGGUUAUGGAGACAUUGCAAGGGAAAUAGCCUCUGCAUGCAAGUUUUUUGGGAUGCGCUGCAUCGCAGUCCGCCGCGACGCCACGAGAACGUGCCCAUACCUCGACGAAGUUUACGCAUCAGACAGCAAGGACCAUUUAGAAGUGUAUCGGCAGUCGGAUUUUGUGAUUUGCAGCUUGCCUGCGACGCCAGAGACCGUUAACUGCAUCUCCAGAGAACAAUUUGGAGCUAUGAAAAAAACCGGAGUGUUCAUCUCACUUGGACGAGGAUGCGUCGUCGACGAGGAGGCCUUGCUGCAGGCCCUGAACAGUAGCCUCAUCUCUGGAGCCGCUCUGGACGUGUUCCAGACAGAGCCCCUUCCGGCGUCUUCUCCUCUUUGGGGCGCUCCCAACCUUCUGUUGUCGUGUCACAACGCAGACUGGUGCGAGAACUACAGCGUAGAAGCAUCCAUUCAGCUUUUUGAGGACAACCUUAUCAAAUUCCUCAACGGAGCAAAAACGAACGAAGAAAUGUUGACACCUGUAGACUGCAACAGAGGAUAUUGA